AUGAUACUGAGAGACCUGUUCGUGCUGCAGCCUGACACCGGGGACAGACAGUCUGAGGAGACUUGCAGCUCUGCCCCAGUGCAGCUCUGCCCCAGUGCAGCUCUGCCCCAGUGCAGCUCUGCCCCAGUGCAGCUCUACCCCAGUGCAGCUCUACCCCAGUGCAGCUCUACCCCAGUGCAGCUCUACCAUGCGUCUGACAUGUCCUCCACGUCUCCCAUGUCCACCAUGACACACGUAACCCUGCAGCACACGGAGGAGGACCCUGAGAAGAAGCUGGAGUGGAGCUACAUCGAGUGGGCCGAGAACGAGGGCCCUGGUGUUUGUCAGGCACAGACCCAGACCGAGGGGGGGGCCCAGACUGACAGGGGGGGCCCAGAGCAGAGCGAGAGGGGGACCCAGACUGAUGGGGGGACCCAGACUGAGAGGGGGACCCAGACCAGCAGCCCCCUGAUCAUGCACAUAGACCUGAGCCGCACUCACUCGCGCCUCAGACACUCGUCCCUGGUGGACAGUGAGGGUCUCCCUGCUCCUUUCUUUCACUUUGACCGUCAGGCUCCUGGACGCAUCUCCACCUCCCCCACCCUGAGGAGGAUGAGGAGCACCAGGAGACCCCAGAGCGAGUACCAGGAGACCGCCAUGAGCCCGACCCAAAGCGAUUACAGAGACGCUGCCAUGAGCCCAACUCAGGAAGAACCCUCCCCUACGGCCCCCCUGUCCCCCCUGUCCCCCCUGCCCCCCCAGUCCCCUCUGUCCCCUGUCCCUAGGAUCAUCUCGCCCCUGGCUCUCUCUGGGAACAUGUGUCAGGUCCAGCAGCACAUUUCGUCGUCAGGGCGACAGAGGACCAAGUCUCACAGAUCAAAGACUUUUGACAACGGGAUCACGUUCCCGAGACCAGAACGACACAGUCUCCACCUCAGUCUCUCCACGGACUUCGUGUUUCCAGAUCGCAGUGAGUCCAAGGCAUUCCCCUGGCCUCUCCUCCCGCGCCUCCUCUCCAUCAGUUGCCUCCUUCAAGCGCACCUCCUCUCGUCGGUGGCCUCCUGCGCCUCAUCUCCUGGCCUUCCUGCACCUCCUCUACUGGCCUCCUGCGCCUCCUCUCCUGGCCUUCCUGCACCUCCUCUACUGGCCUCCUGCGCCUCCUCUCCUGGCCUCCUGCGCCUCCUCUCCUGGUCUUCCUGCACCUCCUCUCCUGGCCUCCUGCGCCUCCUCUCCUGGCCUUCCUGCACCUCCUCUCCUGGUUUUCCUGCACCUCCUCUCCUGGCCUCCUGCGCCUCCUCUCCUGGCCUUCCUGCACCUCCUCUCCUGGCCUCGUGCACCUCCUCUCCUGGCCUUCCUGCACCUCCUCUCCUGGCCUUCCUGCACCUCCUCUCCUGGCCUUCCUGCACCUCCUCUCCUGGCCUUCCUGCACCUCCUCUCCUGGCCUCCUGCGCCUCCUCUCCUGGCCUUCCUGCACCUCCUCUCCUGGCCUCCUGCGCCUCCUCUCCUGGCCUUCCUGCUCCUCCUCUCCUGGCCUCCCGCAGCUCGAUCACAAUGCGAGCUUUGACGGUCGAUGGAUCAGCAGUGACACGCACUGACAGCUCGGACACAGGACCCUGGGAAGCCCUGUUCUGGGGCCCCCUCCUCUGCCUCCCCCCUUCCGCCCCCCCACUCUGUCCCCCCCCUCCACUCUGGGGGGCCCCCUCUCCCCGCAGUCUGCAGUCACCCCAUAACAGAGGGGUGUGGGUGUGUCCGUGUGGAUGUGUUCCAGGUGUGGGUGUGUCCCAGGUGUGGGUGUGUCCGUGUGGAUGUGUUCCAGGUGUGGGUGUGUCCCAGGUGUGGGUGUGUCCGUGUGGAUGUGUUCCAGGUGUGGGCGUGUCCCAGGUGUGGGUGUGUCCGUGUGGAUGUGUUCCAGGUGUGGGCGUGUCCCAGGUGUGGGUGUGUCCGUGUGGAUGUGUUCCAGGUGUGGGCGUGUCCCAGGUGUGGGCGUGUCCCGGGUGUGGGUGUGUCCGUGUGGGUGUGUUCCAGGUGUGGGUGUGUUCCAGGUGUGGGCGUGUCCCAGGUGUGGGCGUGUCCCAGGUGUGGGUGUGUUCCAGGUGUGGGCGUGUCCCAGGUGUGGGCGUGUCCCAGGUGUGGGUGUGUUCCAGGUGUGGGUGUGUUCCAGGUGUGGGUGUGUUCGUGUGGGCGUGUCCCAGGUGUGGGUGUGUUCGUGUGGGUGUGUUCCAGGUGUGGGUGUGUCCGUGUGGGCGUGUCCCAGGUGUGGGCGUGUCCCAGGAGAAGGAGCUGAGCCACAGCAGGUUACAGGAGCGGAGGCGGAGCUCGGUGGUGGUCAGUCUUCCAGGACUCGAUGUUUCUCCUGGAGAUCUGUUUGUGUCCAACGGUGCUGCUCAUUUACUCAAUGAGUCGACUCUGUCAGAUUCAAAGAAGUCGAAGUGGCCUUUUUCACGACGGAGCACGACGAAGGGAAAGCCACAGUUGGGUUCAGCGUCAGAUGUGGAGAAGCAUCUUUCGUCGGUGCAGAUUCAGGACUGGAGGAACGUGGAUCUCCAAAAAUACAAGGAGUACUGUGUGGCAGAGUUCCUGAUGGAGCAGCUGCAGGAGGGUCCGGCCUCAGACCCUCAGAUCUACAAGCGUCAGGAGGCGGUCUGGGAGCUCUUCACCAGUGAUUUAGAAGGAAAGGUGAAGUGGCUUGAUAACUACCAGAAGGUGAAGCAGCUCAGAGACGCCCUGGUUUGGCUGCCAGUGUGGGAGAGAGAGAAGAGAGCCUUCGUCCCAGAGAAUCUGAAACAUCUGCUGAAGGCUGUGACUCUGGAAAACCUCAUCACUCACCGCAGCCUGCUGCAUGAUGGGAAACUGCUGCUGACAGAAAACACAAAGCUCUUGGAUGUUUAUCUGUUUCUGUUCGACGAAUUCCUGCUCAUCACGAAAAUCAAAAGAAACAAAAAGCGCUCUGCUGGUCCAGACCAGAACCCGCUGCGUCUGCCUCAGAACCAGGAGCUGGAGCAGCUGCUGAAGGAAAACUGCAGCUUCACUGUCGUCGACCAACCUCUGUCUCUGGACCGAGUCCAGGUCAAGAACAUCCACCAAUUAAAUACCACGUCUGGUCUUCCUCAGUCCUUCAUCAUUAUGCACCAGAACCGGUACCAGCAAUGCAUCGGGGCCUUCAUCCUGCAGGCACCAUCAGAGACGGCCAAAAGAGUCUGGAUGUCAAAGGUGGAGGAUGCAGUGUCUUCGUUGCUGAAGCAGGAUUCUCAGCAGCUGCGACUGAAGAGCGCCUCCCUGUGGCUGGAGUCGUCUCAGAUCUGA